GAUCCUCUAAAAAGCCAUCAUCAUAUAAAGGACGUGGGAAGAUGAGAUAAUGGAAGCAAAAGAAGUUGUAUCAGAUAGCAUCAAGAAGCCAAUACCAUCUAUCAAAGAAAGCAAAUGUGAUCCCCUCACAUUUGAAUAUCAAGCAAGUCCUGGUGGUAUUGAUUCGAAUUUGUUGAUCUUAUUACAUGGAUUAGGGGAUACACACAAACCAUUCCUCACACUUGGAAAGAAAUUGCAAGGCGAUCUACCACAAACGGCAAUUCUAAGUCUUCGUGGUGGUCAUGCUAUUCCGUUUAUGGAGCAGUCUGCAUGGGGUUACUGGGAUGUAUGGGAUAAUCUAGGAGAGGAUAUCUCUAAUCCAAAUCCAACUGUAUUUCUAGAUGCAUUUCAACGAUUGAUAGAGUAUCUCAUCAGACCUGUCGAACAAGGAGGGUGUGGUUGGCCUUCUUCAUCGAUUCAUAUCCUUGGAUAUACACAUGGUGCUACGGCUGCUAUAGAAGGCGUGAUUGCAUUCACAAGGAAACAUGCAUCGGAUCAAACAGCAAAAAUUAAAGAAAUCUCAAAUGAAGAGAAUACAACCACACAGCCUACAGGAUCAUACCCUAUCGAGCUUGGCAGUUUAGUCAGUGUUUGCGGAGACUUCUUAUCACACCCGACAUUUUCACCUGCGUUGAGCAUUCCAACGUUGGCAAUAUCGAUCAAUCAGCCCCAAGCAACAUUCAAGAAAGCAUUUAGCAAUGUUCAAUCGAUCACUUUUCCCUCUUCCAAUUCACAACCUCGAAUGCCGCAAAGUGAACAAGAAUGGAGAACGAUAAUGAUAUUUUGGUCAAAAGUGUUGCGUAAUAGAGGAAAGUGGGAAUUAGAUGGCAAUUUGUAUACUAUUUCACCUAAUAAAUAAGCCAUAUAGACACAUCAUCUCUACUGUUC